AUGUCUGGCCCUGUCAUGACAGCAGAAUUGGACACGCUUGUCCUCAAACAUCUGCACAACUCCGAGCAAUCUCCUUGCAAAGAUCACAAAGUUAAUGGCGUAUCUCAUGAGAAGAAAUUACCUCAGAAUCCUUCACAAUGGAGACCAUCAUUCCAUGUGAUAGCACCAGCAGGAUGGAUGAAUGAUCCGUCCGGGUUGGGAUACGACCCAAAAACAGGAUUGUACCAUUUAUGCUUUCAAUGGAACCCGCACGGGAAUGAUUGGGGCAAUAUGUCCUGGGGCCAUGCCACAUCUCCAGACCUGGUGUCAUGGACGACAUGCACCGAACCAAUCUUGACACCCUCUGCUGAAUACGACCGUCUCGGCGUCUUUACAGGAUGUCUACGGGCAACAGAUGUCGCCGGACAGCCAGGAGCUCUCACAGUCAUAUACACGUCCGUGAGACAUCUCCCAAUCCAUUAUACGCUACCAUAUACACUCGGAAGUGAGUCUCUCAGUUUGGCUGUCUCGCAAGACGGAGGCAAGACCUGGGAGCGCCAGGGCUGCAACCCGUUCCUCACUGGUCCACCUUCACAUCUUAAAGUGACGGGCUGGAGAGAUCCUGUUAUCACAACGUGGGCCGAGGGGCCUCUUUCCAAACACACACCUUCAACACUAUAUGGCAUUCUAUCAGGAGGAAUUUCCAAGAAAACCCCAACGGCCUUUGUCUAUACUGUGCAAGAAUCAGACCUCAGCAAGUGGGAUUUCGUUGGCCCAUUGGUCGACGUCGGUCUCAAUCUGCGACCAUCUCGCUGGUCUGGCGACUAUGGUGUUAACUGGGAAGUCGUUAAUCUGAUGACUCUGACCAACGACAUUGGGACGUCUCGGGACUUCAUCAUCAUGGGAGCCGAAGGCUGUGUGCGAUUGGAUAGUUCGAACCAACACGGGCCCCAACAAGCACGCCAGAGACGAGAAACCCGAGCCCAGCUCUGGAUGUGUGUCAAUUCUAACGGCGAAAGCAGAUCUACUUCCAAAUACAGUGCUCUGGCCUCAUAUGCAUUCUCUGGUAUCUUCGAUCACGGCUGCUACUAUGCUGCCAACUCAUUCUACGACCUUCAAACCUCGCAACGUAUCGUCUAUGGCUGGAUCACGGAAGAGGACCUGUCCGAUUCUCUCCGUCAUCGCCAAGGAUUCAGCGGCUUGGUUUCACUUCCCCGUGUGGUGGGAUUGAUGACCUUGAAAGAUGUCAAGAAAGCGCGAAUAUCACAGUUGAGUUCGAUUACUUCAAUUGACGCAAUUCCCGACGCAACUGGCACUGGUACCUUCACAAUCCACACCAUGAAGAUCAGCCCAGAUAGCCGACUCACGCGGCUGAGACAAAAUGCCCGGGAGAGCCACCUCGAUGGCGUUGUCCUGUCUACAUCACCUUCACAGACUGCUGCGCUGUUGGGGACAUCUAAAUGGGAACUCCACGCCGAAUUUUCCGUUAGUAGAUCUUGUGCACGUGUGGGCAUCAAGAUUCUACACACUUCCGAUGGCCAAGACUGUACGACCCUUUUCUGGGAUCCACGAAGUGAGACCUUCGAAAUCCAUCGACCUCUGAUUGAUGACGCCGAAGUAAACCACGGCUACGAAAGCGCUCCGCACACGCUAUUUACUACCUUGAACGAGCGCGGCGAAGAGGUUGAAGAGACGCUUCGAGUACACGCCUUCUUUGACUCGAGUGUGUUGGAAGUGUUUGUCAAUGACAGAACGGUCAUCUCUACACGUAUCUACCACCCAGCAGACCAAUGCUUCGGACCACUAUUCUUCGCAGAAUCUGAUGCUGGGCCAGAGGAUGAGAAGCCAGCUGCGGUUCUCGUGCGGGCUUCCGUUUGGGAUGGUCUUGGUAUAUGA